AUGUCUGAGUCUGCUUGCGACUAUCUUAAGAGGUUUCUAUCUGAGGUUGACGGGAUUCUAGGUAUAUUUGUUGCCGAUAAAGAUGGGGUCGUUGUGGCAAGUGCUACUAUGGAUGAUAUGCCUGAUCAAGCUCGCUCACCUUAUGUAACUGCUGCUUUUAUUGUAUCGUUACAACAAGUAAACAAAUUAGAUCUUGGAGAGUUGGAAUGGAUGAUCACCAGUUAUCAAGAAAUGGUGAUCUGCCAAUUUCAUUUCACAUGCCAAUCAACUUUGCCACUAUUUCUGACGGUUGUUGGCUCGAGUGAGUGCAAUAUAGGCGCUGUAAUCGCACUUGAACCAUCUCUUCGUCCGUUAUUAAAUCGUUUAGCCCCGGAAGCAUCAUCAAGAAUACGAAAUGAAGCUAUGCUAAGCCGUACUACAAAUGGUCCUUAUUUUAGAGUGUAA